GCCAUGGGCCUGCCCCGCGCGGAGGGCGCGGCGAGCAGCAGCGAGGAUCAGUUCGAGCGGGCGGUGCGCGACCUGUGCGGCAGCCCUCGCGGGGGGCAGCGGCGAUGUCCGGACCACUCGGAGGACGAAGAGGAGGGCAUCAUGCACUCUCGGAACGCCAGAG